GCCCCCUUCUCGCGAGAGCGAUGGAUGAUGGACCAUCAUCAUCACAGCAACAUUAAAAGAUAAGAGACAUUUCCAAACCUUCUCGCCGAAUAAAGUGACCCCCCCCCCCGAACCAGAACCCAUAAGCGGGGCCGAGCCGAGGGGAACCGAGCCGGGCCGAGCUCAGGCGCACCAGAAGCAGCGCAGCCCCGCCCGUGUAAUUUACGGGUAACGGCCUUUACACAGACAGUGCUGUCGACUCACUGAGUCAAGUGUCUUUCUGCAGGCGAAUUUCACCCAAACACUGUGUUUCAGUACAGCUGGACUAUCGUAUCGUUGCAUUUUAAUUACGUUGAAGAGGAUGGCCCAACAAGCCCUCGCUAUGAAGAAGACGCCGAGACAUUGCUGCUGUAGUUCCGAAGCAGCACAUCCCUAAAGAAUCGAGAGAGAACUGAGCGUGAGGACUAAACCUCCCCCUCUCCGUGUGAAACACCAUGAACGGAACAGUCCUUCCCAGUGCUCCCAGUGGAGAUGGUGACCUCCAUCCAAGUGGCUGCUGCCCCCCCCUGCCCCCUGGCCCCUCCCCCCUCCCCGACUCCCCUCCCCCCCCUCCCCCUCCAAGCUGGAAGGAGUUCUGUGAGAUUCAUGCUCACGCAGCAGCUAUGGAGUUUGCAUGCCGCUUCAGGCUAUAUCUCGAGGACCACCCGCAGUACCUCUCCCUGCCUGGGGGGGCAGGCGCCACCUUCUCCAGGCGCUUUGCGGAGAGGUUCGUGCGGCACUUCGAGAGCCAGGUCGGGGGAGGAGCAGGGGGAGUGGCCAACUGCCUGGAUUCUGUUUCUGUGGAGACCUACUGCUCCAACGAGGAAGACUCCUCCUCCCUCACAUCCCCCCAGCAGCCCACUGGAGGAGGAAGACCACUGCUAUCCCAGGGUGAACCUGAACUAGACAUCAUCCCUCUGGCCCAGACCCCCCUCCCCCUCCCCCUCCCCCACCCCCUCCACCUCCCUGUCCAGCCGAUCUCCAUCAGCAGCCAGUCGCGGAGCUCCGAGGAUAUUUCCUUCUCCUCCAUCUCCUCCUUUAACAAUGCUGCUGUAUCUCUGGCUCCACGUAGUGGCCCCGGCUCUGCUACUGCGCCCUACCAACUCGGGGCUGCCUCUUUAGGCCCCUCCGGUAGCCAGCAAGCCGGCACUGCGGCAUCACUCAACGUCAAUUUGAACAUGAACACGGGCAACAGCGGCUCCGCCCGCUCAACAGCCAGCCCCAAUCCUGGGAAACCCAAGCUGCGCAAGCGCUUCUCCCUUCGGAGCGUGAGCCGCAGCGUGCGGGGCAGCGUGAGGGGGAUCCUGCACUGGAAGAGCACUGGCAGCGAAGCCAGCUCUCCCGUCAGCGUGGAGGAGAGGGAGGGGCUGGGAGGAGGGCUGAGCAGCAGCUACAGCUACAGCGGGAGUGUGGAGGAGGCACGGGGGAAGGGCAGAGGGCUCCACGGCCAGGGUGCUGCCGGCGGGCUGCCCCCCUCCCUCUCCCUCCCCCUCUCCGCCCCCUCCCUCCCGCCCUCCUCCUCCAGCAGCUCCUCCUCCUUCUCCUCGGAGCAGCGAGAACGCCGGAAAAGCGCAGGGAACAGUGGGGGGGGCGGGAAUUCCGACAGGGAAAAGGAGAAGUGGACGCACAGGUUUGAGAGACUGCGGCUCUCCCGCUCGCCCCCCCUCCCCAAGCCCCCCCCCUCCGACGUGCGCAGGGAGGGGCUGCUCAGCUUCAUGGUGGCCGAGGAGCUGCUGUCGGGGCACACUGGGGGCUCCGGGCCCGGGCUCACUGCCUCAAUGGGGGGGGGUGCCAGCGGGUCCAAGGCUCGCUGGCAGAAGUGCCGGCUGAUUCUAAGGAGGGACGGCAGGGCAGGGGCUGCAUCUCCCACCACCCCCGGCCCCCAGAGCUGCCUGCUGGAGUUCUUCGUCCCUCCCAAGGCCUCGAAGCCGCGCGUCACUAUUUCCUGUUCCUCUAUUGUGGACGUGAGAACAACGACUCCCCUGGAGAUGCCAGACAAGGAGAACACCUUCGUACUGAAGAUGCAGGGCUCGGUGGAGUAUAUCUUGGAGACAGCUGAUUCCCUGCAGAUGAGGUCGUGGCUGGCUGAUAUUCAGGAGUGCAUCAGUCACAGUGAGCAUGAUGACAGUCUGGACACGCCGUGCCUCUCUGAGAGUCUGCCCAGCCGAGAGCUCCCCAUCACCCCCGGGGAGACCAACGACCCACUAACACAGGGGGGGUAUGGGGGUCUUGGUGGCCCCAACUCUGAGAUGCACCCCCCCGAGCUGCCCCCCCGCGCUCCCCUCGAUGAAUCAGAGGGCCGGCUGCAAGGAGGGGGUGGGGCCAACGCGGUGACACCCUUCAGCGAGACACCCGACGGGACAGGCUCGUUCCUGUUCUCAGAGCCCCCGGAGCUGCUGGAUCACCCCCUGUCGGACUGCCCCUGGUUCCACGGCACGCUGUCGCGGUUGAAGGCUGCCCAGCUGGUGCUGGCAGGGGGGACGGGCAGCCAUGGCGUGUUCCUGGUACGGCAGAGCGAGACUCGCAGGGGGGAGUACGUGCUCACCUUCAACUUCCAGGGCAAGGCAAAGCACCUGCGUCUCUCUCUCAAUGAGGAAGGGCAGUGUCGGGUGCAGCACCUCUGGUUCCAGUCGAUCUUUGACAUGCUUGAGCAUUUCAGAGUCCACCCGAUCCCGCUGGAGUCAGGCGGGGCCAGUGAUGUCACGCUCAUCAGCUUCGUGGUCUCGGCCAAUCGGCAGCACGGCCGGGACAGGUCAGGCAGCCGGUCAGCAGUGUGUGAUGUCAUCACCCUGCGCCACCCCGAAUCUCCAUCAACCCCCAUCUCUGACUGUGUACUUGACCAGCCGAUGUCAUAGCCCUGCCUCUCUACCUCUGCCCCCUCCCCCCAUACCUCCUCCCCCCCCUGCACGACCCCCCCCACCCAGCCCCCCGCAGGAGAGGGAGAGGGAGAGGGAGGGAGAGAGGGAGAGAGAGCACGAGAGGGAGAGGGAGAGGGAGA